AAAAUCUGAGCAGUAUGGAGAAUUCAGAUUUAUAAAAAGAGAAUCAUAACGGCCUGCCUGAAGAAAAUAGCGAAUAGAAUAGUACAGUAUAUUCAGUAGCUCAGAAUAAGCGAGGCACAGAAUACAUGGUCUAGAGACCACUCUCAAUCUCUGGUGCUGGUUUGUUUGUACCCUACGACAUGCAGAGAGAAAAAUCACCAUUAAGGAUGGAACUUUAGAAAUGUUCUCAUAGACAUUUGAACAGGAAACAGCAUCAUCUUGUGUCUGAUAGAAAGAGUCACACUAUCUAAACAUUUGCUUAUAUAAAAAGCUUAUUUACUACUUACUUCGUAGCGUAAAGGGUAAGAAACUAAACAAGGGAGGGAUGAAAAAUUAAAUAAAACAACCAGUUGUGCACUCUAUCAAAAACUAAAAAAAAACAUAUUAUUGUUCAUGCAGUGGGACACAGUCUCUGAUUGACUCGUUAGAGUCUGGGCGGGUCUACUCGAGCACACUGACCAAUAGUAUUUGAGCUCACCGUCUGACUCUUGAAAGUAAACAGACUUCUUUCUGUGUCAACAAAAACAACAACCAAACAACAAACAAAUCAGGAGACAGUGCUGCUGAUUUGACGAAGGAGCAGUGUCAUUGUGUCAAUCGGAUGAAGAGCUGAGUCCAUUGGGAGGAUGCGCCGGUUCAUCAGGCCGUCCGGGCCGACAGACCUACGGAAGUUCGGCCCAUUUCCGCAGCCUCCUGCACGGCCUGCUGGCUCUCAGGCAGAGUGGCAUCCUGUCCGAUGUGGUGCUGCUGGUGGAGGGUCGACCAAUCCAAGCCCACCGUAUACUCCUGGCAGCCUCUUGUGAUUAUUUUAGGUAACUAUAACCCACAGCAGGUCGCCUUGUUGCCUCACUUGCAUUUUCUUUAUUCACCACCACUUUUCUUAUUUAUUUAAUUUGCAAGACUUUCCAAACUCCCACUCUCCCGUUUCCAUUCAUUUGGACACCAGUCAAAACCCACUUUAAAAACCUGACGAAAAUGUACAGAAUGGAGCAACGCAGGCAGAACACAGGCAGCAUUCACAUGUCGUGACUGGCCAAAUGGUCAGAAGCCUCAAGGCAAAUUAAUAUAUCACCAGUCAAACACUGUCACUCGUGUUUUUAAUUUUAUUACAGUGGUAUAUUUCAUAAACGCACAAUCUAAUCAGUGAGUGCAGGUGUCUUCAGCUCCAUGUCACAAGACUCAGCCAGGGUUUGGUGUAGAGUCCAUUUAAAAAUGAAGGUUACGCUCUUGUUCACCAUCAAUUGCUGCUCAUCCACUUUGUCAUAUGACCAGUAGCCAUCGCAGAUUGACUUUGUUGUUUGCGUUCACUUGUGCUUUCUUUGCAUUUCCUUGUCUGCUUAUGUAAUGACUUAACUGACCUUCCAGCAUGUUGUGCACAAUGUGAAAUCUGUCACAAGAUUGAUACAAACACACACACACACACACACACACACACACACACACACACACACACACACACACACACACAGCCUGUCUCGUAGCUAACUGUGUUAGGGUGGAAGAAGAUGUGUCUCUUGCAUUGUGCUGGUAAACCAAAGCCCUACGUUGGAAGGUAGCCCUGCAAUCCCAUUAUGAUGCUAAAAGUGGGUAAAGACGAGAGAUGAAAUGCUUUGACUGUAACCUGGUGGAUGUGCUUGUGUACCAGCAGUAACAACUGAAGUUUAAUAUAGUGAACACUGAUCACAGAUUUGGUUGAAACCAUAUGAAGGAUUUGUUUUGGGUACAAAAAUCUUAGCACCAGGAGAAUUUUGUAUUUUUCUUUUUUUAAGUUGAAUCCUCUGCUUAAGAUAAGCCAUUUUCUUUUAGCCUGUUGUCCUUAUGGGGCAGUUUAUAAUACAAAGUGACAGGAAACCUGGAGAGGAAGAGAGGUUGAUAUUCACUACUGUAUAUCGUCACUGGGUCAUCCAAAUGACCCAACAUAACAUCAACUCAUCAACCAAACAACGCUCCACCAGGGGAAUGUUUGCUGGAGGCCUUCAGGAGACACAGCAAAAGGAGAUUCCAAUCCGUGGCAUAUCCUACAUGGCCAUGGAAAAAAUACUUGACUACAUCUACACCUCAGAGAUUGAGUUAGACCUGGAUUGUGUUCAGGAAGUCCUAAGGGCUGCCACACUGGUACAGCUGGAGAGUGUCAUUGGCUUCUGCUGUGAAUUCCUGUUCACCUGGCUGGAUGAAGGCAACAUUUUAGAGGUGCAUGAUUUGGCUGAUCUCUAUGGACUGCAGCAGCUCAACGCCAGGGUCCACUCCUACAUCCUUAGGAACAUUCAGACUUUGUCCCGAGCCGACGUGUACCGACAGCUGCCCCAAGAUGAAGUCUUCAGAGCGCUGAGCAGUGACAAGCUUCAUGUGAACAGUGAGAAUGAGGUGUACGAGGCGGCACUUCACUACCACUACAGUCCUGAACAGGUGGAAACUGACCAGGUGUACUUGCAGGUCAGUCCCAAGGACAAUCUCAGGAUGAUCGAUGCCGUGCGUUUCUGCCUGAUUGAGAAACAAGUGUUGCAGAGACUGCACGGCAGACUGAACCAGUGUCCACUGAAGGAUUCCGUUUCAGCUGCCUUGAGUUACCACGAGCAGGAGAUCUGGCAGCCCGUGCUGCAGAGUCCUCUCACCCAGCCGCGGUCCACCUUCCACUGUAUACUGGGCUUUGGGGGGAUGUUUACCUCCAUCUCCCUCCCAGACAACGGGCACUUGUUUCAGGUGUUCCACCCAAGCUGGGGGGAGUGGAGGACUGUCACUGGAGCGGUCAUGCCCCGAAUGUCCAACCAGGGCAUCGCUGUGCUCAACAACUUUGUGUAUCUUGUUGGAGGAGACAAUAACACCUGUGGAUUUCGAGCAGAGACCCGCUGCUGGAGAUAUGAUCCGCGUCACAAUAGCUGGUGCUCCAUCCAGCCUCUGCAGCAGCAGCAUGCUGACCACUGCGUUUGUGUAGUGGGCGGACAUAUUUAUGCGAUCGGAGGGCGAGACUACAGUAAUGAACUGGACUCAGUGGAACGCUAUGACCCGCACACCAACAAGUGGGAAUUUGUAUCGCCUCUACAAAGAGAGGUGUAUGCACACGCUGGAGCAGUGACGUGUGGCAAAAUUUAUAUCACCUGUGGCCGCAGAGGAUCAGCGUACCUCAGAGAGACCUACUGCUUUGACCCGGCUGCCAAUCACUGGGCAGCGUGUGCAGAGGGGCCAGUGGGGCGGGCGUGGCACAGCACUGCAGCCGUUAACGGACGUGUCUAUGUUAUCGGGGGAAGCAAUGAUGAGUGUGGAUAUCGGCGUGAUGUCCUGAAGGUUGCAUGCUUUGAUCCCUCUGCCAAUUCUUGGUCUUUAAUGACUCCUCUCCCCUUUGGACAUGGAGAACCUGGUGUAGCUGUGCUGGACAGUCGCAUCUACAUCCUGGGCGGACGCUCUCAUGACAAGGGCAACAGGGUGAAAUACGUUCACGUGUACAACACCGAGGCAGACGAGUGGGAGAAUAAGACGGAGUUUAAGGAGCGCGUCUCUGGAAUGGCGGCCUGCGUGGUGCUCAUGCCUCCCGCCGUGAUCGCCCAGGCCCGGAGCAGGGAGCAGUGCACCAAGUCCUCAUGGGAAAACGUGGACACGUACAACUCGGGGGACUCAAGUGAGGACUAGUGAAACAGCUGGGAUGAGCUGAGUAUAGUGGCACUGGAGACUCUGGAUGCACUUUUUAGCCAUUUAAAAAUCAGCAUGUUAAAUUUGAAUUACUUGAGGAUAUUGUUGUGGCAAUGCUUAUGGCAGCACCAUGUCCUUUUUUGCAUGUUGACUACUUUGAGUGCCUCUGAAACCAAAAUGUCGUCCGGGAUUUUGCACAGUUUUUGUUACCUCUCAGAUACGAUCACACUGCAACCAUUAACCACUGCGUGAUCAAAUGCUAAUGCUACUGUUUGUUAACGAUAACUUAUUGUCUCAUGUCCUGUCAUACAAAAACACUUUUGGCUAUGGUGGUAUGGAGGAGUCUCAGCUGCUUAUGUUUAUUCUUAAACAGCUCUUUGACCUGGGAUCUUCUAAACUUGGGUUUAAACUUCUGAGUUUUACAGGCUGCUGUUACCUACUGUAAUGUUGCUCUUUAGCUAGUCAGCUAAAUUGUAAAUUUCUGAGAAGUAAAGAUUUUUAAAAUAUUAUUUAGUUUGCAUCUCAAAACUAUCAGCUACUGGUUGUUGCAAAGAAAUGCAAUUGACUUAUCAUCACAGCAAAACUACUGAAUUAUUAAUACUUAAUAAUAUAAUUUUAAUAUUGUGCCUUUUUUGUGGCUACACCUAAAUCUGUGUUGUGAGGUGUAUUUAAAGUUUCUGUGUAUGUUUUGCUGGAGAUGAUCCUCGGAUAUUGUUCCUCAGAUGUCACAGUUAGUUGUAAAGAAUAAUGUUGAACUAAUUUGUGUUUGUCCCUGGAAGAUGAAGCACUGCUGCUACAGGAUGUAGACCCCCAACUCACAACAUAUUUCCAUGUCUGUAGAUCAAUCAUGAACAGCAAGUCUUUGUGAAACCCAACCAUUAAGUUAAUUUCUGUUGUGUCUUUUAAUUGGCCUGUGUGUUGUUCCGAAUAACGCAGAAUCCAAAGAGAACGAUGAAGAGAACUCAUAGAAUAAUGUUAUAUCGGCUCGGCUCACUGUUAACCCUGGGAGGUACCUCCACCUCUAUGCAUCCUUUAUUUGUUUCACUGAAAACCUCCAGGUACAAGUUAAGCUUCAGUUUUGAUUUUUUGUUUUCAAAAGAUGAGUUAUAUCUUAAGAGGAAUGCAAUGUAUUGGAACAUACUGUCACAUAAGAAAAUGCUAAAUUAGUACAUUAGAUAAGUUUCCAAAUUUAAUAAAAGCAUAUAAUUGGA